AUGUUUGUUGUGAAGAAUAUUGAUCCAGAUGGCAAGAAAUUUGAUCGUGUGAGCAGAAUCUUUGGAGAUUCCGAAUCUUUCAAAACAGACUUGAUUCUUGAUGUAAAUACACAAAUAUAUCCAAUGGCAAUGGGCGAGAAGUUCAGAAUGGCAUUGAGUUUCACACUCAGAGAUGAUGGAUUGGCAGAUGAAGGAGAAUAUGAUCAACAUGUAAGUUUUUAUUUGUUUGUUUAUUGUUUUAGGUAAUAUUGAGAUUGAUGUUGGAAGGUCGAAAUAGGUUUUUCUAUAGUCAAACAUAGAUUUAUUUUGUUGGUUUAGCUUUUUAGUAAAUAUUUGGAUUUAUUUUACGUUUAUUAUUGACUAAUACGAUAUUAACUACGAGUUUUUAGUUCCAAAGCGCUUUGAUGAAGAUAUUUCACUAUGUAAUGUACGGCAAGAUAUACAGAGUUGAAGGAGACGAUACAGGAUCAGAAAAUGCGAGAUUAUCAGUUUACGCAUCGUUCGGCGGACUUCUGAUGAGGCUACAAGGUGAUGCCACGAGUUUGAGUGGCUUGGACGUGGACAAGAACUUGUAUUUGUUAAUCAAGAAAAUCUCAGCAUGA